AAAGCGCUGCCCCUUUAAAUUCCAGCUGUGUGGCUAGGAAACAGCUCGUCUCGUUGCAAAGCGUUGGGCUGGGGCUGCUGGUGUGAGACUGUCCGUUCACUUCCUGGCUCUGGCAGUAAGGAGAAGAUCUGAUCACCCGCCGAGUCCUCUGGGGGAGGAAGGGAGAGGGAGGAAAAGGCAGCGUGGCUCCUUCAGACAGAGAGGCAUCCAGAGCCUGUGGUACAUUUUGGCUCCGGUUCAUCUGCUUCCCUGGGAUCGGUAUCCUUCGUAGUACGUGGGAAAGGAUGAAGAUGGCUUGUUUCUAAAUCAUCCUGAAGACUAUUUCCAUAGUAACCUGCUGUAGUGGUGCAAUUUUAGCGAACAGAGGAUUUUUCUGAACACUUCCAGGAUGACAUCCGACAGAUUCACAGGCAGGAUGUAACCUUUAAAAAUGGAAGCUUGUAUAGAAAGGAACAGAUAGCAGUUGGUGCCUAAGGAGUGGAUGAACAUUUCUCUUUGGAUGUAUUGGCUUUCAAGAACGAUAUGUUGAUUCAGAAGCUCCUGAGAGAGAAUCGUGAAAUUUAUUUCUUCUACGCAGUCAAUGGAUUUUUAAAUCAUUUUUUGGAGUCUGUGAAUUUCCACAAAGGUGUGUGAUGGAAACAGUAGCAUGUCCCUGUGUUUGUAGCCCAUACGUUUUGGAUUAGCUUGCUGUUGUGAGGUACCAAUUCUAUUUUGAGGGACAAGGAACAGAUGUGAUGGAUUUACCUUCAGAAAUGAGCAGGCAUGGGAGGAAUCCACUCAGCCACAAACUAGAAGAUCAGAAAAAGAUAUAUACUGACUGGGCUAAUCACUAUCUAGCAAAAUCUGGCCACAAGCGGCUGAUCAAGGACUUGCAACAGGACAUUGCGGAUGGAGUUCUGCUAGCAGAAAUCAUUCAGAUCAUUGCAAAUGAAAAGGUUGAAGAUAUCAAUGGCUGUCCUCGAAGCCAAUCUCAAAUGAUUGAGAAUGUUGAUGUCUGCCUUAGCUUUCUGGCAGCCAGAGGAGUAAAUGUCCAAGGUCUUUCUGCCGAAGAAAUAAAGAAUGGAAAUUUGAAAGCCAUUUUAGGGCUGUUUUUCAGUUUGUCUCGUUAUAAACAGCAACAACACCAACAGCAACAGUACUAUCAAUCUUUGGUAGAGUUACAACAGCACGUCUCUCAUUCUCCACCUCCCACUGAUAUUGGCCAACCCAAAACACAGCAAGAUAUGCAGUCCAGUCUGACAGCCAGAUAUGCAACUCAGUCUAAUCACAGUGGAAUUGCAACCAGUCAAAAAAAGCAUUCUAGGCUUCCCGGGCCCUCAAGGGUACCAGCUGCAGGCAGCAGUACCAAAGUCCAGGGAGCCUCAAAUUUAAAUCGAAGAAGUCAGAGCUUUAAUAGCAUUGACAAAAGCAAGCCUCCACAAUAUGCAAAUGGAAAUGAAAAAGAAUCACCCAAAGGUCCUCAUCCAUCUGCAGGCAUGAAUGGAAAUGUACAGCAUCCCACCAGCACUGGGCAGCAGCCGGUCUCUGCCAUCCCCUCUCCAAGUGCCAGCAAGCCUUGGCGCAGCAAAUCCAUGAAUGUCAAACAUAGUGCCACCUCUACCAUGCUGUCUGUCAAGCAGCCAAGUCCCGCAACCUCUCCUACACCACCUUCAGACAGGCUUAAGCCACCCCUUUCUGAAGGGCCAAAACCUCCUUCAUCUGGGCAGAAAUCCAUGUUAGAGAAAUUCAAGUUGGUUAAUGCUAGGACUGUUUUACGGCCUCCUUUGUCAUCCAAUUCAGGUACCAGUGACAGCGGGAGAGACGACGAAGCCUUUUUAGAGUGUGGUGAAAUGGACGGCUUCAGUGGGGGGCUCAACAGUGGUGGCUCCACCAGCAGCAGCCCCAGAAUAUCACCUAAACUAACACCUCCAAAAGCUGGAAGCAAAAAUCUCAGCAAUAAAAAGUCUUUGCUACAGCCAAAGGACAAAGAGGAAAAGAGCAGGGACAAAAAUAAAGUUUGCACAGAGAAGACAGUAAAGGAAGAAAAGGACCAGGUGACAGAGACACCUGCAAAAAAGACCUCAAAAAUUGCAAGCCUGAUCCCCAAGGGGAGCAAGGCUACAGCAGCCAAGAAGGAAAGUUUAAUACCUUCAUCUAGUGGUAUACUAAAACCUGGUUCAAAAGUACCGACAUCAAAGCAAAGUUCUUCACCGGCAUGUUCAGGAAAUAAAGAGACUGAAAAAUUGAGGAGUGCAAAGGGAAACCAACCCCAGUCGACAGCAAAAUCACAUGUUAAUGACAAAGCAUACACUCCUUGUGGUUUUCCCUCUUCUGAAGGAAAAGAAUCAAGCACGCCUCUUACUCCUAGUUCGUCUGCUGCUCUUUCAAUUGCUGCAACUAGCGGGCAAGCAUCAGGAAGUAGCAUUGUCCAACUUCCUCAGCAACAGCAAUACAGCCAUCCCAAUACGGCCACAGUAGCACCAUUUAUUUAUAGAACUCAUUCAGAAAAUGACAGUACCUCUCUCCCACCUGCUGACUUCUGCACCAGUCCUACAAAAAUGGAUUUGGCAUAUAGUAAGACUGCCAAACAAUGCCUAGAGGAAAUAUCUGGGGAAGAUCCUGAAGCAAGAAGGAUGAGAACUGUAAAGAAUAUAGCAGAUCUGAGGCAAAACUUAGAAGAAACCAUGUCCAGCUUGAGAGGAACUCAAAUAAGCCACAGCACAUUGGAGACAACAUUUGACAGUACUGUGACAACUGAAGUGAAUGGGCGAAGCAUUCCAGGUUUGACAAGCCGAUCCUCUCCAGUGACCUGGAGGCUUGGACAAGCUAGUCCUCGUCUCCAGGCAGGCGAUGCACCUUCCCUGGGUGGAGGGUACCCUCGCAGUGGUGCUAGUCGCUUUAUCCAUACUGACCCUUCUCGAUUCAUGUAUACAACACCUCUUCGCCGUGCAGCCGUUUCUCGCCUUGGGAACAUACCCCAGAUUGAUAUGAGUGAAAAAGGAAAUAGUGAUCUGGACAUUUCAUCUGAUGUUGACGUUGGAGGGUACAUGAGUGAUGGCGACAUUCUUGGGAAGAGCCUCCGUGCUGAUGACAUCAACAGUGGUUACAUGACAGAUGGAGGGCUCAACCUAUAUACAAGAAGCUUGAACCGAAUACCAGAUAUAGCAGCCUCCCGAGAUGUCAUUCAAAGAGGGGUUCACGAUGUGACUGUGGAUGCAGACAGCUGGGACGACAGCAGUUCAGUUAGCAGCGGCCUCAGUGAUACUUUGGAUAACAUCAGCACAGAUGACCUGAACACCACCUCAUCAGUCAGCUCUUAUUCCAAUAUCACUGCCUCUUCAAGAAAGAAUGCCCAUAACCAUCUGAAGACUGAUUCAGAGAAACAUUCAGUAACAGAUGGAGAACCAUGGGGCAGCAGUGAAGAACUGAAGAAACCAGAGGAAGAUUUUGACAGCAAUGUUGACAGCAGUGGGAAAUGGAAAGGCCACCCCUCUGGAGUGCUUGAAGAUGCUGAGAAGGGAGGACAGAAAACUUCUCUCUCUGUCUCUCAAACUGGCUCUUGGAGAAGAGGGAUGACCGCACAAGUAGCAACAGCACCAUCUAGGCACAAAGCAGGAACGAGUACUCUCAAGACACCUGGAAAAACUGAUGAUGCAAAGGCUUCAGAAAAAGGAAAAACUCCCCUCAAAGGAGCUUCUAUCCAGCGCUCACCUUCAGAUGCAGGGAAAAGCAGUGGAGAUGAAGGGAAAAAACCACCCUCAGGCAUUGGCAGAUCAACAGCUGCAAGUUCCUUUGGCUUCAAGAAAGCUGGGGUUGGCUCUUCAACAAUAAUCACUGCAAGUGGUGCAACUAUAACAAGUGGUUCAGCAACCUUGGGGAAGAUGCCCAAGUCUGCAGCUAUUGGUGGAAAAUCAAAUGCAGGGAGGAAAACCAGCCUAGAUGGUUCACAGAAUCAAGAUGAUGGUAUAUUGCAUGUAAACUCAAAGAGCACCCUGCAGUACCGAAGUUUGCCACGUCCUUCAAAAUCAAGCACCAGUGGGAUUCCUGGCAGAGGGGGGCACAGGUCAAGCACCAGCAGCAUUGACUCCAACGUAAGCAGUAAGUCUGCAGGGGCUGCUGCCACCAACAAACUGAGGGAACCUACAAAGAUUGGCUCAGGGCGCUCCAGUCCUGUUACCAUCAAUCAGACAGAUAAAGAGAAGGAAAAAGUGGUCGUUUCUGAUUCUGAGAGUGUGUCAUUGUCCAGCUCUCCAAAAUCAAGCCCAACCUCAGCCAGUGCCUGUGGAACACCAGGCCUCAGGCAGCCGGGUUCAAAAUACCCAGACAUUGCCUCACCCACAUUUAGAAGGUUGUUUGGUGCCAAAGCAAGCAGCAAAUCUGCCACUGCACCAAAUACAGAAGGUGUGAAAUCCACAUCCACAAUGCCCAGUCCUAGUACCACAUUAGCUCGGCAAGGCAGCCUGGAAUCUCCAUCUUCAGGUACAGGUAGCAUGGGCAGUGCAGGUGGGCAGAGUGGCAGCAGUAGCCCCCUCUUCAGCAAACCCUCGGACUUAAAUACAGAUGUUGUAAGUUUAAGCCACUCCUUGGCUUCUAGUCCAGCAUCAGCCCAUUCUUUCACAUCAGGAGGUCUUGUGUGGGCUGCAAACCUGAGUAGUUCUUCUGCGGGCAGUAAGGACACACCAAGUUACCAGUCAAUGACUAGCCUCCAUACGAGCUCUGAAUCUAUUGACCUCCCUCUUAGCCAUCAUGGCUCCCUAUCUGGAUUGACUACAAGCACUCAGGAGGUUCAGAGCCUGCUCAUGAGAACUGGAAGUGUGAGAUCUACUCUUUCAGAAAGCAUGCAACUUGACAGAAAUACACUACCCAAAAAGGGAUUAAGGUAUACCCCAUCCUCUCGGCAAGCCAGUCAGGAGGAAGGGAAAGAGUGGCUGCGUUCCCAUUCUACUGGAGGGCUGCAAGACACUGGAAGUCAGUCUCCCUUGGUAUCACCUACUGCUAUGUCUUCAUCUGCAACUGGAAAAUAUUUUUCCAAUUUAGUGAGUCCAACAAACUUAUCCCAAUUCAAACUUCCUGGGCCCAGUAUGAUGCGGUCAAAUAGCAUCCCUGCACAAGAUUCUUCUUUUGAUCUCUAUGAUGAUUCCCAGCUGUGUGGUAGUGCCACAUCCUUGGAAGAUAGACCACGUGCAAUCAGUCAUUCUGGGUCGUUCAGAGACAGCAUGGAAGAAGUACAUGGAUCUUCAUUAUCACUAGUUUCCAGUACCUCUUCUCUGUACUCCACAGCUGAAGAAAAGGCACAUUCAGAGCAAAUUCAUAAACUGCGAAGGGAACUGGUUGCAUCACAGGAAAAAGUGGCCACCCUUACAUCACAGCUGUCAGCAAAUGCCCAUCUUGUAGCAGCUUUUGAAAAGAGCUUGGGAAAUAUGACGGGCCGGUUGCAAAGCCUAACAAUGACAGCUGAACAAAAGGAAUCGGAGCUCAUAGAACUACGGGAAACCAUUGAAAUGCUGAAAGCCCAGAACUCAGCAGCACAGGCUGCUAUUCAAGGAGCUUUGAAUGGCCCUGACCACACUCAUAAAGAUUUGCGAAUAAGGCGGCAACAUUCUUCAGAAAGUGUUUCCAGCAUCAACAGUGGCACCAGCCAUUCAAGCAUGGGCAGUGGUAAUGAUGCUGACUCCAAGAAAAAGAAAAAGAAAAAUUGGGUGAACUCUAGAGGAAGUGAGCUAAGAAGUUCAUUCAAACAGGCCUUUGGGAAGAAGAAGUCCACAAAGCCUCCUUCCUCGCAUUCUGAUAUAGAAGAAGUCACAGAUUCAUCUCUUCCAUCUUCACCCAAGUUACCCCACAGCUCUGGAGAUUGUGGGUCUACAUCAAUAAAGCCAUCCCAAUCAACAUCUGCGUCAUCCCAAAUCUGGGCUCCAAAGAAAAGGCAAAACGGCCACGUGAUCUACAAGCAUAGAUCCCGGAUCUGUGAAUGCACAGAGGCAGAGGCUGAAAUAAUUCUGCAGCUGAAAAAUGAGCUCAGGGAGAAAGAGCUCAAGUUAACAGACAUUCGUCUUGAGGCCCUCAGCUCAGCACACCAUCUUGACCAGAUUCGAGAAGCCAUGAACCGGAUGCAGAAUGAAAUUGAGAUAUUGAAAGCUGAAAAUGAUCGCUUGAAGGCAGAGACUGGAAACACUGGAAAGCCAGCCCGGCCAUGUUCAGAGUCUUCAAGCAGCACAUCUUCCUCCUCUUCACGGCAAUCUUUGGGCCUCUCUUUAAAUAACUUGAACAUCACUGAUUCAGUGACAUCAGAUAUUUUACUUGAAGAUGUUACAGAUGGAACUCUCCAUAAAGAAGGCCAGAAUGUUAAAAUUAUAGUCACGAUAAACAAGGGCUAUGGUCAAUCCAAGGAGCAAAAAAUACAGACAUAUUUGAUAGGAUCCAUUGGAGUCAGUGGUAAAACAAAAUGGGAUGUAUUAGAUGGUGUAAUAAGACGACUCUUUAAGGAAUAUGUUUUCCGAGUGGAUCCAGCUGGUAGCCUUGGUUUAGGCUCAGACUGUAUUGCCAGUUACUGUAUAGGUGAUAUCAUUAGAUCUCAUAGCCAAGAAGUGCCUGAAUUGCUACCUUGUGGGUAUUUGAUUGGCGAUAAUAAUAUAAUCACUGUGAACCUUAAAGGAGUAGAAGAAAAUAGUUUGGACAGCUUUGUGUUUGAUACAUUAAUUCCUAAACCAAUUAGCCAACGGUACUUUAACUUACUGAUGGAGCAUCACAGAAUUAUCCUGUCAGGACCUAGUGGCACUGGGAAGACCUAUUUAGCCAACAAACUUGCUGAAUAUGUGAUAACUAAGUCUGGCAGGAAAAAAACAGAAGAUGCCAUUGCUACUUUUAAUGUAGAUCACAAAUCAAGCAAGGAUGUGCAACAAUACCUUUCUAAUUUGGCUGAACAGUGCAGUGCUGACAACAGUAGUGCUGACCUUCCUGUGGUAAUAAUUCUUGACAACCUCCAUCAUGUUGGUUCUUUGAGUGACAUCUUCAAUGGUUUCCUUAAUUGUAAAUAUAACAAAUGCCCCUAUAUAAUUGGAACUAUGAACCAGGGAGUAUCAUCUUCACCUAAACUUGAACUGCAUCAAAACUUCAGGUGGGUGCUGUGUGCUAAUCACACAGAACCUGUUAAAGGGUUCUUGUCCAGGUAUUUGAGAAGGAAACUGAUUGAGACAGAAAUAGAAAGGAAUACACGCAAUAAAGACCUCAUCAAAAUAAUUGACUGGAUUCCUAAGACGUGGCAUCAUCUCAACAGCUUCUUAGAAAUGCACAGUUCUUCUGAUGUAACCAUUGGUCCUCGCCUUUUUCUGCCCUGCCCUAUAGAUGUUGAUGGUUCUAGAGUAUGGUUCACAGACCUCUGGAAUUAUUCUUUGGUGCCAUAUAUUAUGGAAGCUGUGAGAGAAGGACUUCAGAUGUAUGGUAAACGAGCACCUUGGGAAGAUCCUUCAAAGUGGAUCGCAGAUACUUGUCCAUGGAGUUCAUUGCAGCAUGAUUGGUCAUCAUUACUUCAGUUGAGACCUGAAGAUGUUGGUUAUGAAAGUUAUGCAUCUGCCAAAGAAGGAACCACCUCAAAACACAUUCCACAGACAGAUUCAGAGGGGGAUCCUUUGAUGAAUAUGCUCAUGAGGCUCAAAGAAGCAGCCAGUUACUCAAGCACACAGAGCUGCGACAGUGAUACUGCUAGUCACCAUGAUGAAAUUCUGGACCCCUCACUUGACUCGACUCUCUAGAGGGGUCGGGCCUGGUUAUAGGAUCCUGGGAAACCUAUUCCUGCAGUAACUGCUGCAGUGUUGAAGCAGCAUGUUCGGGGUGGCCCAAAAGAAAGAGUGUGAGUGCUGUGUCAUAUAUGGGCAGUCGACUUAAUUCUAGAAAGUCAGGAAAGCAAAGCAAAGUGGAAAGCUUGAAUUAGUUUAAUUUCAAGAGAUUUCAGUAUCAAUGGAGCUGAGUGGGACUCCAUAAAUCAACUGAAAAGGGCCUUUAACAGGGUGGGGUUGGGGCAACUAAGCAGAUUGCACAUGUCUUAGCCAUACUGGAAUCUCUUUGGGUUUGUUGUUGUUGUUUUCUUCCUGUCUCAAAAGUUUACAAUGCAAGCCUUUUAUUUUACACUUCAAUUUACUAUGAGGUGCUGCAUUAGUGGUCUUCUUGAUCCUCCUCCUCUAACCUCUGUUGUGCCCCAUGGCACUCAUUACAAGGCUCCAGUAGUGUUUGAAUUGUACACUGCUGCCCAUUCCAAAAUGAGUUGGAGAAAAAUAAAAUAAAAGCAAACUCAAUAAGCACAAACAGUUUUGUGCAAUUGCCAGGAAAACACUACUGUGAUAUGCUGGAUAAGUGCCAAUUUGAUACUAACUGCCAAGUUUGCAGUGAUGUGGUCCACCAAGGUUUCUGGGUUUUUUUCUGUACAAAUCAUCUGUUUUAUAUAAAACUUGUUUUUAACCUCAAGGGUAUUUUUUAAACACCUGCCCACCUCUUAACAAGGUUUUUUUUUUUUUACCAAUUCCUAUCUGACACUGAAUAAAGGCUUUCUUAGGGCUUCAUUUGUUUCGAGCCUUUUCAGUGGGGAGAAAAAACAGAACAUUUCUUAUGGUGCUGUCUCACUGCCUUAAAACCGAUUUCUAGAACAGUUUUACAGUUGGUUUAAUUUGUUAAACCAUUGAUUAUUUACACUGUUUUCUUUCUUCAUUUACUAACGAGAGAGCAUCAGUGAACACAGUAGCCUCAUCUCUGUAUAUCCUGAUUUUUUAAUGAAGUGGCUAGAAGAACGAACUAUUGACAUAGAUAUAUAGAUAGAUAGAUAGAUAGAUAGAUAGAUAGAUAGAUAGAUAGAUAGAUAGAUAGAUAGAUAGAUAGAUAGAUAGAUAGAUAGAUAGAUAGAUAGUAUUUUUAUCUUGUGUGAAUAAGAUUACCUACCAUCUAAAAUAUUCAAGUGACCCAGAAGCCAAUCCCAAUUAACUAUGAUUAAAAACAAACCUGAGACAGUUGGCUCAAAUCUAUUUGGUCCUGUGGAAAAGAGCUUAUUAAAAGAGAGAUGUUUGGAAAAAUCUUAUCCAGCAGAGCUGGGUACACUUGAUGCAGCAUGAGCACAAAUAUUUCUUUAUUUUUCUCUUCCUCUUUUUUUUUUGCUUCCUUUCUAGUUUGAAGCAUGCUGUUUUGAUUGCAAUUGUUGUACAUGAAGAAAUUCAGCAUUAAAGAAUACUGACACAGUGAUGUCCACUGUGGAUAAGAGAAACGUUUAUACUGUAAAGGGGGAGGGGGUUGGUUUUGCACAGUCUGCUGGGAGGGUCUUGUAAAUAUUUUUUUAAAAGCCUUGCACAAAUGAAAGCAAACAAACAGCGACAACAAUGACAAAAAUAAAAAACCGUAUUUUAUCUUGUUGGUGUUAAGAGAUGUUUCAUUUACUGAGAUUACCUGUAUGUUGCAAAAAAAAAAAAAAAAAUCCAGAGCGCAAACUGUACCAUCUGGGUUUUUUUAAUUAAAAAAACUUGGUGUGUUUGUCCUGUAUUUAGAAUUGUUAUGACUAUGCAGGAGCUAUCCAUGCUAGAGUGAGCAUGUUUCAAAUUAUAUUAUAAAGCCAAUACAUCUUGGGAGAAAACAAAAAUUAUGUGUCUAUCCUGGCAGACUGCACCAAUUUGACUGAAAAAUUAUCAGAGUAAUUAGAUAUGCCGAUUCAAAUAAAUAAAAAUAAUCCAAGGUUUGUGACAUUGUGCAGAUGUGCACUUGCACACAUGAAGCCACAGUCCUGAAACUCAGCAUGUCCAGUUCACGGCAAUAGGGUAUGUGCCAGUGGAGGGCUUUCAGGAUCCAGGUAGCCAAUGGAUAUAUUCAGGACAUGUAACUGGUGCUACAAACUCCUGUGGACCAUCUACUUUAUAAAACAAAGACAAGGAAAUCAGUGCAGUUUUCUGCAUCGCUGAAGCUACAGGUCCCCCGCAUGGUGCUGUUGCCCUAAUAAAUGACACUCUGGUCUUAUGCACAAAGAAUGUAGUCUGAUGUCAAGCACCAAACCCUAGAUUACUUUCUCAUAUUGUUAAAUGACAUGCUGCUCUCUGGCAAAUGACUAAAAACAACAGCUGUUUUUUAUGAUAUAAGUGGUCUGAAACAUAUAAGCAAACCCAUGAAUUCCUGCCAUUUUCAACACACACACAUACAAUACCUGUAUGUAUGUACCACAUAAUCUGAAUUUCCCUGCAAUACAUCUCAGUGAGUCCACCUAGUUUACAACUUUAAAAUGUUUGUGAAACAUUUGUCUGUAUACAUUUUAUAUUUUGUACAUUUUUGAUGUAACAUAUCAUGUAAAUAGACAGAAACAGUGAGAUAAAUCAUCUGAAAAGUUUUGUAGUCUUUGUAAAGCCCUAAUAAUAAGUAUUUGGUGUCAUCAGACUUAACUGGAUGAUGUAUUUUCUAUUGAUUUAUUGUUC